AUGAUGAGAAACAAUGUCUGGGUCACUAUAAGAAGAAAUCUAUCCGUGGGAAGCAGCAAGAGAGUCAUCAUCAUGGUUCCCAAUAUGUAUAGAACAAUGAACUUCCACACUACCGUAAAUAGACAAGACGUUGUACAAGAUUUAUACUUGAGAGAAUUGAAGUCAUUGCGUAAUGGGAAGGGGUUGCCAUCUAAGGAAGAAUUGGAAGCCAGUCUAGAAGCUGCUAAACAAUGGACUGCUCCAGGUACGCCUACAAAACCUACAUUACUAGGUCAACAAGAAGAAGAAUCGUUAUUGAAAUCGUAUAAAGAUCAAGAAGUGGAGACCACUAGCGUGAAGAAACCAUCUGAUGUGGACGCUGAAGAUGCAGAAACUGCGGAAAAUGAAGACUGGCUAGUUCUUGAUGAUAUGGAAGAGGGAGAUACACAUGCACAUGCUGCUCAUUGA